ACAAACAGACUUGGCUAUAACAGACUCAGUAAAUUUUUAUGAUGUUCAACUACCUGGUCUUUGUUAGCGUAUUUUGUGUAGCAGUUAGAUUUGCUGAAGGAACAUGUACUAAGGGAGCCAUCAGAUAUGAUCCAGAAUACAACAGUACAGUUGUACAGAUUUGUUUUAAUAAUAGAUGGGGAUAUAUCUGUGCAAACAGUGAUGAAAGAGACAGGCAAAGAAUAGCUAAUGUAAUCUGUCAGCAGAUGGGAUAUUCUAGACACUUUAAUACUGGUAUCCAUGGUGUCACUCAGAUUAAAAUAAAUCCUGCUCCUAAACCUGGUUUUAUAAGAUGGCUUCAUUGCUCAGAUAAACCAAUUCCACAGCAAAACAUUUUAGAUUGUUCACAUGAAGUUUAUGAGUCAGCUUAUUCUGAUCCCGUUUGUUCCGCAAACUACAACCUGAACAACAACUACUAUAUUGCUGCUAGCAAUUGCAUCAAUACCUCAGUCUGUCAAAAUGGACAAAUACAAUUACUUGAUACUAAUGCUGUAUUGCUGUGUGUAAAUGGAGAGUGGCAUGCAUUAUGUAGUACAACAUGGUCCUAUACUCAAGCACAAGUUGUAUGUAGACAACUAGGAAAGAAUGCAAUAGGAGCUAUCACAGCCCCAGUGCCGGCCAAUUAUUCAGUAUUACCAGCUAAUUUUGAAUGUCAUGGAAAUGAAAAGUUUCUUUUCAACUGUUCAGAUUCAGACAGCCGGCCAUCGUACUCAAACAUUUGUGAAAAUUCUACUGUAGCUGGCGUUAUGUGUCAAGAUUUGCCUGGUCCUCCUUCAAAUCUUACUAUCAGUAGCCAACAGUCAGAUAUUAUGUUACAUUGGGAAUACACUGAUGAUGCUAAUGGUGUGUCCAAUUUCAGUGUUUACUGUAAACAUAAUGUGACUGUUGAUCCUCAACUGCACUUGAUUAUUAAAACUGAACUAAGCUUACUGACAAAGAACAACAGUGCAACACUCAUUGGUUUAUUAGCCAAUACUGUGUACACAUGCUGUGUGUCUGCUGUAUUCCCUUAUAUGGAGACUGAAUCAACAUGCAUUAAUGUAUCAAAAGCUAGUGCCACACCAUCAUCAUCAAAUGGAGCUAUCUCAUGGAUUGGUGGAAUAUUCAUUGGUAUUAUUAUCAGUACAGUGUUUGUUAUUAUCUUAUUGUUGAUUGUCAAAAUUGUCAUUACAAGAAAAAGUAAAAACAAACAAUUAAAACCCAACAAUAGGUCAUCAAUACAAAAUGAUAAUGGUCAAAAUGUAAUUGGAGUUUAUUCUGAACUGUCGCAGAAUCAUUUUGAGCCUUUUUCUAAUAGGAGGGAUCCUGCAAUUCCUGCUGCUAAUGAUUAUGAGAGUCCUGUUGAUGUAAAUAGAAUUACUGUUAAUGAUGAUCCAGUUUAUUCACUGGCUGAAACUGAGGAAGAAAUUGGUAACUAUGACAAGUUACAAAGGAAUUAACUGUGGCAUUAGUUUUUAAUGUUAAAGUGUAUUUCAGUGUUAUUACCAUUAUUGUACAUUUUAUACACAUGUGA